AUGAUUGCAGAAAUAAGAUGUUCCUGUAAAACAAAUCCGUUCCCAACGGCUGCAGCUAUGAUCAUCGGUAAUAUCCACGAUGAGUUUACCAUCGUGGCAGCACGCGAGCGUCUCUGCGCACAUGCAAACGGCAAGACAACACGAGUCAGCUCGCAAACUCUUCAAGGGCGCGAAUCGCCGCAAGCGAACAAGCAACCUCCGCGCUGGCGCCGCUCUCCCGCCGCCACACGCCCCCGCGGCGCCACACCGCCCCCGCUGCCCACCACAGCCCCGCCGCCCAAUCAGCCCGUCGCCUGGUCCCCGUCCCCAUACCGCUCCAUGCCGCCCCGCCGCCCCUUCCGCCGACGCCACCCCAUUCCGCCGCCGCCCGCCGCCGCUACCCCUGCUCCACCCCCGCGCGCCCGGCAAGUGGAGGCCGCAAAAUACCCACGACUAACUAACGGCCUUUGCAUCCCGCAGAAUUGGGGGAGCGCGAUGAAUCAAAUUCCGACAGCACAUUCCGCGCUCGUCGGAGGAAGCGGAGUGCAGCGCGGCGCCGUCACUCCCCGAUGCGCCCGCUUUGGGGGAAAAGAAAAUUGGAUGGUUCCUUCGUCGCGGAGGCCGCAGGCGAAGCCCAGCGGAGUUGCAGGGGGGGGCGUGGAGCGGGAUGGCGGAGAGGACGCAGACGUGGGCGGCUGGGGUGGGGGUGGCGAUGGGGAGCGGGCCGGGGAAGUCGCUAAGAUGGAGGAGGCGGCGGAAAUACCGAAGCGAUGGAGUGCGCAAAUGGCGCGAUAA